AUGAGACUCCAUUCCCUUCUUUCUGCUCUCCUCUUCUUUGUGACAAUAAUACCAAAAGCAAGAACUGGCGUGAUUCCGGGACAAAAACAAUGUAUUCUUUUGAAAGGGGUGUGCAAAAAUGGAGGAUGCACCACCUCAGAUGAUACCAUUGGUGUAUGUGAUGAAGAAAAAAAAUGCUGUAGAAAAUGGUGGAUACUUGUACCCUAUCCAACACCAGCUCCCAAAAUGAAAUCUCCUUAG